AUGCAGGAGAUGAUCCGGAAGAGCACCUUUGCAUUUGCCAAUUCCGAAGAAUUGCUGGAAUUCCCUCGUUUAUUCAGUCAUAAAGUUGUCUUUAUUGGUGGCAUUGCUGUGGAUACACCGAAACCAUUGAACAAGGUUUACAAAAUUCAUUUUGGUAAAAACGAUUUGUGCAAAGACACUGCAGCGAGACGAAUCCGGAUAUAA